AUGAUUAUUCAACGUGAAACGUUCAAAGAAAGAUUGUUAAAUCAGUCAGUUUUCCUAUUUGAUAUUCAAUCAUAAAUUAGAGAAGCUAAAAAUGAGAAUAAAAUGUAAAAUGGCACUGCAAAAAUCAGCAUAGAAAACCGCUGUUCCGUAAAAAAUUAAUCUGUGCACUUAUUUUUAUCAAAAAACACACAGAAAAAUACUAUAAAACUGCAACUCAUUGUACGGAAUUAGAGUAGUAUUUGCCAGAUAAAUUGCUACUUUUAACUGAUAAAAUCACAUUAUAAAUAGGAUUAUUGGAGCGACAAUGUCAGUGAUUCGAAAACUGCUAAGUGGAAUCUUCACCAAACGAAACAUAAUGUCUGAAAAACACUUAUCUGCAGGCUCUGUGGAGCCUCCAAAAGUUGAUGGACUUCUGCGAGUAUACUCGCUAAUAGUGUGUCCUUUUGCGAAAAGAGUCAGACUGGUGCUGAAAGCUAAGAACCUUCCACACGACAUCGUCAACAUCAACCUUCAAGACAAACCCGAAUGGUACUUCAAAAUCCACCCAAAAGGACAAGUGCCAGCUUUAUUUGAUAACGGCAAAGUAAUAAUUGAAAGCCUGGAUAUUGCGGACUAUUUGGACGAAAAAUACCCCACGCAAAGUCCUCUCUACCCCAAGGAUCCAGCUGCCAAAAAAAGGGAUCAGGAGGUAAUCAAGAAUUUGUUUCCGGAACCCACUAGCCUGCUGAGCAAGGUGCAAUACAGCAGCGAAACAUACUCGGUGGAUGCUGCUCUGGACCUUUUGCUCCCCGCAGCUCAGCCACUGGAAGACGAACUAGCCAAAAGAGGAACUCGCUUCUUCGGCGGAGAAAAACCUGGAAUGAUUGACUUCAUGUUGUGGCCAUGGGCGGAACGUGCGCAAGCCCUUCCAGGUUUGCUUGCCGUCGAUUCGUUGAACUUAAAAGACGAUCAAAUCCCCAAGCUACGAAAAUGGGCAAGAACAAUGAUCGAAGUUCCAAYAAUCAAGGAAUUGCACAUUCCCGUCUCCAUAACARUCAAAGCGAUUGAAGAUCGGAAAGCCAAUAGGCUUGACURUGACAAGUUGUUCGAAUAAURAGUUUGUUUCCUUCRUAAGAAACUAAUUAAAUGUUUAYCAUGUUGAAUAAACGGGUUAAAUCGCACCUAUAAUGAUA